CGUGAGCAGAGAUUCAUUUAAGGAGGACGGUCCUGUUGUUUACUUUCUUUUUCCUCUUCAACAAUGUCUAAGGUGAAUCAUCUGAGAGAGUUUAUCGGUCAGCGACUAACAGCAGCUGCUGUAGAAAUAUUCUCAGAGUUUGAAAAAACCAUCUUGGAGUAUGAAGAAGAGCUGGACCGUCAGCGCAGACUGUUGGACCUCGCCUGGAAACCUGAAAUCAGACUAAACAGAAUCGACCUCCCACAAGAAAAUGUUUGUAAGGUGGAGGAGGACGGGGUGUUCAGUGACCAGCACCUCGAUAACCUUCAGGAGAUGAAGCAGGAGGACGUAGAGGUGGAUGUCUCAUUGGUCAAUCUCGCUGAUGUGAAAGUUGAAAAUGGUGAACCAGGACCGGACCGUGGCCAGCUGCUGUUGCACACUUCUCCUGAAGCUCAAAAUGAAGAUGAGGAAGGAACUGAAAGUUUACACUUAGACUCCAGUAAAACUGCAGAUCUGGAGCCAAUGAGACGGCACGGUGACCACGAAGACACUGCUGUCCCGUCAGUCAGCAACUGUAAAUCAAAGCUGACUAGGACCAGCUCUGGCAAAAGGCCUCACCUGUGCAACACCUGCGGCAAAACUUUUACUUACUUAUCAACUUUUAAACGCCACAUAACCAUACACACGGGCGAGAAGGCCUACGUCUGCAACACCUGCGGAAAAAGUUACAGGCAACGUUCCCACCUGGUGGUUCACUCAAGGACCCACACCGGCGAAAAGCCGUACCUGUGCAACACUUGCGGUAUCUCCUUUAUUAAGUUAUCGGAUCUUAAACAACACAUAACCACACACACACACGGGCGAGAAGCCCUACGUCUGGAGCACAUGUGGAAAAAGUUUCAGGCGUCGUUUCACCCUGUUGGUUCACUCGAGGACCCACACCGGAGCAAGGCCGUACCUGUGCAAGACCUGCGAUUCGUGAUAAAUGAACCUCAUGUUGUUGCCAGUGUCCUCAAACGGUUCAACCCUCACUGGGUGGAGGAGGGCCAAGACGAACUGAAGAAAAGAGGGACUGUGGGGGGUCAGUCAGUCUGACCAACAACAAACCGGACUGUGCAAUAACCAGGACAGAGCAAUAACUUUGUGCAAUAUUACACAACACUUUUUCUAUCCUUAUAAUUCUUUUUAUGGCACCACACUUUCUAUUUUUAUCUUUAUUUUUAAUUUUCUUAUCUUUUUAUCUUUAUAUGGGUGUUUGACUUUUGGCGAGUUUGAUUUGUAAAUGACAGUGCUGUGUGAGUGAGAUGGA